AUGUCUGACACGGGACAGGCAGCGGGGGAGCCCCGAAGGCACCGCACCCAGAGCCGCUCUCCAGCAGGCGUGACUGCACGCCAGGCUGCGGGGCUGUUCUGUGCCUCGCCUUUUGACUCUUUGGAGGCUUUUCGAACUUGCUUUUGGAGUCCUGCCUUUCGGAUCUCCCGCCCUCGAUGGCUCUUGCUCGCCCUCGCGUCUGUCCCGCCUCCCUGUGUCCCUGUCCAGGCCCUGCUUCGUCCCCCAUCGCUGUCCCUGCGUCCGACCCAGCCCCAGCGCACCGCCCCUCCUCGCCGCGGCCCUGGGCCAGCCCCUGCGCCUCCUGCCCGCGUCCCCGUGUCCGGCCCGGUCCCGCCCCAUCCCCGUCCCUGUGUCCGGCCCCGUCCCGUCCCCGUCCUCGUCCCCGUCCCCGUGUCCGGCCCGGUCCCGCCCCGUCCCCGUCCCCGUGUCCGGCCCGGUCCCGCCCCGUCCCGCUCCGCCCGUGGCCGCAGGAGCCGGGCCCGGGCAGGCUGCGGGCACAGCCCCGCUCGGGACAUCGGCGGCACCCCCUGACCUCCGCCGGGAGCGCCCUCUUCUCCCUCUGCCUCCUCUCUCUCUCCUCCCCA